UUAACAUUUCCUUUGAGACAGUGCCCACAUCGUUACGCUUGUUAAAAUUUUUAUUUUUCAAGAAUACAUGAUGAGGAAUUCAAGAAAAUACAACAACAAAAUGGCUACGGAAGAUCACAACAACGUCCCUAGGAGACAAACGUUUGGGAGCAUGUUACAAUCUGAUCCAAAUUAUGAUCAAGACGAAUAUGCUAAUUUUCGUACGAGCAAUACGUCUGAUCAAUCUGUCCUUGUAAAUUAUGAUCAUAAUCAUCGCGCUUCUGGAUUGAGCUCCGACUACGACAUGAUGAUCUCUCCUUCUCCUUCAGAGGAACAUUAUUCAUUAUCGAUUACUCCAUAUUUAGCGCCUUCUAUGGACCUAACAUCUCCUUUAUCGAAAUCUCCAUGGUCAUCUCAUGUCGAAAGCUAUCUAUACAUGGGCCUUAUUGGCUCUCUUGUUCGUGAAGAAGGACAUAUAUAUUCAUUAGCGACUUCUGGAGACUUGUUAUAUACUGGAUCAGAUAGCAAGAAUAUUAGGAUAUGGAAGAAUCAAAAAGAAUUUGCAGGAUUCAAAUCAAAUAGUGGAUUGGUGAAGGCAAUAAUCAUUAAUGGAGAAAGAAUCUUCACGGGUCAUCAAGAUGGAAAGGUACGAGUGUGGAAGGUUUCUCCUAACGAUCCAAACGUUUAUAGGCGCAUCGGAACGUUACCAACUUUAAAGGCAUAUAUAAAAAGUUCAAUGAAUCCGAAUAAUUACGUUAAAGUGAGAAGAAAUAGAAAUUCCGUGUGGAUCAGACAUUUUGAUGCUAUUUCAUCUCUUAGCAUGAGUGAAGAUCAAAAUCUCUUAUAUUCAGCAUCUUGGGAUAGAACCAUAAAGGUUUGGAGAGCAUCCGAUUUUAAGUGUUUGGAAUCCAUAAACGCACAUGAAGAUGCAGUAAAUUCAGUAGUUAUUGGAUUUGAUGGGCUAAUCUUUUCGGGAUCAGCUGAUGGAACGGUAAAAGUUUGGAGAAGAGAAUUACAAGGUAAUAAAACAAAACACUUCUUUUCACAAACGUUGUUGAACCAAGAAUGCGCGGUAACAUCUUUGGUUGUUGAUCCCAGCUCCAAUUUCCUCUAUUGUGGUUCAUCUGAUGGACUAGUAAACUUUUGGGAACGCGCAAAGUUUUUGUCACAUGGAGGAGUUCUCAGAGGUCAUAAAUCAGCGGUUCUUUGUUUAGCCACCGCAGGGAAUUUAGUUUUUAGUGGAUCAGCUGACACGAAUAUUUGCGUGUGGAGAAGGGAAGGUUGUGAUCAUAUAUGUUUGUCGGUGUUGAAAGGACAUUCUGGUCCUGUUAAGUGUAUGGCUGUUGAAGAAGAUCAUGGGCCAACAAGUAAUUGUGAUCGACAAUUUAUCGUGUAUAGUGGUAGCCUCGAUAAAUCAGUGAAGAUUUGGAGAGUAUCACCAUGUCCACCUCCCAUGCAAGCACAACUUCAAGACCAGUCCCAAUGGGAUACGAGUUAGCAGAGCUGAAUUUAGAAUGUAAAACAUGUGGAUUCAAAAUGAGUAAAAUCAUAUAAUUAUAUAUGAUAUAUUUCCUCAAUCUCAAUUUAUCGUGUAUAGUGGUAGCUUGGAUAAAUCGGUGAAGAUUUGGAAAGAAAUCAUGGCCGUGCGCCGCAUGCAAGCCCAACUUCAAGACUAAUCCCAACAAUGGGUACAAGUUAGCAGAGCCGAGUUUAGAAUGUAGAAUAUGUGGAUUCAAAAUGAAUGACAUCAUAUUACAUAUAAUAUA